UGACAACCCUGCCACUGACACUGACGUUUCGUGUAUGGAAUUUGUUUUUUUAAUAUAGCCUUGUAGGAUUCAUCGUAGCAUUUUUGUACACAAUUCAGAUUAAUUCGUACGAUAAAACAUUCUAAACAUUUUUUAAUACAAUUGAAACUGAAACAUUUUAAGUAGCUGCUUCAAGAUGCUGGCCGGUGCAUCGCUUGUCGACAUUCGAAGGAGACAAAUUGAUACGCUGAAAAUUUUCAAUAACAAUGUGAUCGAAGUGAAAGCGAACGAGGAAUAUUCCGUGGGUUUUCAAUCGGACGAUCGACAAAUGGUGCUAAAUGUGUAUCUCGGAGCAAAUUUCCCAAAUGAUAAGCCGAAAAUUGUGGUCACGCCGAAAAUACAGCACGAAUGGAUACCAGAUCCAGCGAAUGGCGAAGUACAGACCGCCCCAGGCCUACGAAAUUUUUCAUUGCAUUCCGAUCUUGGACGCGUUGUUCAAGCGAUAAUUCGUGAAUUUGAAAAAUUUCCUCCGUCUCUUUGGCCAAAUGCCAGCGCAGGUAGUGUUCAACCAAAGCCGGCUCAACCGCAUUUACCCGAACCGAACAAAUCCUCCAUUCCCGAAUUGUGUAAUUUAUCGUUAGAAGAGUUGCAAAAACUGGAUCAAGAUCCACAAUAUCUCAACGAUUUCGUCGAUGAAAUCGGUGUUGUACAACGUCUACAAAAUGAUUUAGACACUAUAAUUGAAGAUAUAAAAUCAAUGGCAACUGAGAAUUUGACACGCGAACAACACUUGCAACGGUUGCGAUCAACCAUUGAAGAAAAGUUAGAUGAAUUCCGGAAGUUGGGUGGAUCGUAUGAAUCGUUGAGUGCACGAUAUCAAAAGAAAUCAGAAGAAUUUGCUCCGCAGCAUAUAAAAGAACUACUACAAAUUGCUGUAUCUAGUGCAGACGGGAUCUGUGAAACGUAUGUCGAACAAUUUUUAAACGGUUCCAUUGAUGUGCAACAGUUUCUUGAUCAAUAUCGUGAAGCUAAACGGGUUAGUACAUUACGUAAGGCAAAAGAAGAACGACUGACACAUCAACUCAAUGAAUUCGAACGCGCCACUUUUUGAAUGAUUCCUAUCGAUAUACGUAGGUAUUUUUAACCAAAUUGUAAUUAUUAUGAACAGCGUGUAAAUCGCAAGUAAAAUAAACAUAAUUUUUUGUAUGAGCUUAUCAAUUUAUUAUUGCAUUAGCAAAUUGUGUAGAUGAUGUUGGAAUAAACGAUGAAAAUCAAUGUUGAUUGGUAAUUGGUUUUUUGAUUUUGGGAGCUACAGAGCAAAUUAGAAACCCGAGAAUCAGACUAGAGGCAUUUCACUCGCAUUCGAAUACAUGAUCAUUCGUGCACGAAUCCUGCAUUCGCAAAAAACAGUAUAAGUAUUUGCAUUCGCACCAUGUAUUCGUACUGCCGCGCGAGCAUACGCGCGACUCCGCAUAUGAAACGUAUUGAAACACUCGCACAUGUAUUCGUCGCGAAUGCGCUCAGUUGCGAUGAAGUGUCAAACACAGUCAAACAUGUGGAAAGAUGUCAGACGUGUUUGAAAAAUUACAACGUGCAUUAAGUGAACCUCUACCAGAAAUUUUACAAUUAAUUCUCACACAUUCUGGAUUUGAUAUAGAAAGCGCAUUAGCCACGUUAAAUACAAGCAUUUGCGGUCGCAGGUGUCCGAUUUUUUGCAAAUUUUUUUCCGUUUGAUUACAAUUCUUGAUUAACUGUGGCAACUGGAUGAUAAACAAUCGGUGACCCGGUUUAAAUUUAAACUUAUUCACAUUCUCGUAUGAUGUUUCUUUGAGAAUUUCUGAGUUUUCAAUGACAUAGUUCUCGAUAUCUAUAAUAGCAUCGUUGUCAAUGGACAUUAGAGAUGAUUCAUUUUCGAAUGCACAGAAUUCCAGGAUUUUAAUAAUAUCGGCCGGCAUUUUUUCAUUCAAAUAUUUUUCUAAUUUGAAAAUAACAUUUUCCAGUCCCUAAAAUACAAAACACAACUUAAAUUGAUAUUAAAUUUGGAUCGAAAUAACUAUUUACCAUUUUGGCGAACUAAUGUAAACAAUGUAGUUGCAACGAUUAACACAACAAAUCAAUAUAGAUCUGUCAAGUGCAUUUUUUUUAAAUUUAUUCACCGUCUAAUCACAGACUGAAUAGCAUAAUACAAUUUGUACACAUUCCAUAAUUUUACACAAACAGUGACACACCCCGAAUCGGAUCACCUAGCCACCAGCCCUAAUGACUUCGAAGUGGCGUUCUGCGGCGACCGAUUGUGUUCACCACCUCUAAACAUAUAUUUCCUCAAAUACAUUGUUGUCUAAAUUUGCUACAUUUCUAAUGAAUAUUUGUCUCGAUGCUGAGUCUAAAAACGUUUGUUUUACUUUAUUGAAAUACCUACACGCUAAAAUAAACGGUUGGUUACGGGCGUAGUCAGUACCAUAAGUCUCAAUUCUAACUAGAUCUCUGUUUCUCACAUUUCUUUGGUUCCUAUUGUCUACUCGUCUAGUAUAUACAAUUUUUUCUCUCAGUGCUGCGCUAAUCAACUUUCCUAAUAGGAGAUCAUAAAUUAAAAAUACUGAGGCAUUUAUACGCCGCCUCCAAAGCGGUUGAAUAUUCAAAUUAUCACAUCUUAAUUGGUACGAUGGCAAUCUGUAGUUAGCAUCUCUUUGGUAAAUUCCCCUAAGUGCCCAGAUUACAAAGUCUUUCUGUACUGAUUCAAUUUUGUUAAUGUAUGACUGGUGAUACGGAUGCCACACUACACUAGCAUACUCCAAUUUCGAUCGAACUAAGUAAGGCACAGUAUAACAGUUUUGCUGAUUCUAUAGUAAACUUGUGUUUCAGUGUCCGCUUAAUAAAACCUAAUGCUCCGUAGGCGCUAGCUACUGUUGUAUCAAUGUGGUUGGCGAAUGUGAGUUUCACGUCAAAAAUGACCCCCAGGUCUCUGUGUAGCUCAACUCUACCAAACAUGUGCUGCCCAUUGUUUAUCGUGUAUUCAUAUCUUCGCAGGCCCCGGUUGUAAUUGACAAGCUGACUACGUUUGACAUUUGUAUGAUCCCUAUCGAGAGUGUGGCAAAUUCUCAAAUGUGCCAUUGUGUGUAUCAUGACGAGUCAUUUCAAACAUAACCUCAUCUUUUUUGAUUUUGUGUUGGUGUAACAUGCACAUUUUCAUUUUAUUUGAUUUUAUUAUUAAAAAAACACAAAUUUUUUUUUUUUUUAAACAAAAUAAAUGUUCAAUCAUACGGCAUUCAUUUUGCAAGUUUCAUUUAUCCGCAUUUCUUGAACCAAAUAUUUAGCUCGUCCAAUGCGCUGAUUCUAUGUUAUUGUAUGUUAUACCUCUUGUUCUCGCUCAAUUGGCUAUGUUGAAAAUGGCACAAUUUCGAAUGUGCCAGUCUCCCGAUAGGGUUGUUGGCAACCAUUGGCAACGAAGCUACUUACCGAGGCUACCGCAACGAGCGCCACAAUAGUGGCGGCCUGAAGCCAGGCUAUGUAUCUUCGUACGGUGAUGUUUUUAGCAUACGUCAUGACGAAACAUUUCUUCAGAUUAAGGUACAGCUUGUUGAGCAUACACCAUUCGUACAAUUGGUCAAUGGCCAUUUGGAAUAAGCGGGCAUCAUUCGGUGACGUGAUUCUCAAAAUGAGUUUUAAAUCAUCUGCGAACAACAAAACAAAUGCAUGAGUAACUAAGUCGACAAUGUCAUUUAUAAAAAUAAUAAAGAGACAAGGUCCCAAGAUACUUCCAGCUGGUACACCGGAAGAGACGGUGAAAGUUCUUGACUUUCUGUUGCCGAUUCCAACAAACUGUGUUCGGGUUGUCAAAUAUGUAUGGAACCAUUCGCAUUCGCAUUCGCGCAGCAACAUUCGGACGUAUUUGCUAAUGCGCCGUAUAGAUACAUUAAAUGGUUAUUCGUACGAAUGCGAAUAUUCGGCACGAAUAUCAGUAUUUGCGAGUGUUUAUAUUCAAAUGCAUGGCAAAGUAUUCGCGCAUUCGUACGAAUAGCAGUAUUCGCAUAGAGUGAAAUCCCCCUAGGAAUUAGAAAACCUCAGAAAUUAGAAAUGAAUUUCAGGUUUGAAAAUUUGUAUUAAAAAUUUCUAAUUUCCGGGGUUCAUUUCUAAUUUACGGGGUUUCCGAAUCAUUUCAUUCAAGACAAAGGGAAAUUUACUUCAUUUUUAAUGAAAAAACGUAAUGAAAGUCUUUUCCAUUUCUUUGAAUAACUAUUAUUAGCAGAUCAGCUUGAGAUUUUCGACGUUUACAAUGAAGUUAAAAAUUAAGUCAAGAAGUAAUCUGUUCCAUAUUGUCUGCGUCAAUCAUCAAUCAUCAAUCAUUAACAAAUCGAAACCGAUUUGUUCCAUCAGAGAAUUUGCAUAUACAAAAUUGUAUAUAGAAUGCCAACGUUUUGAUAUAAUAAGAACAUCAUUUAUUUCGGUUUGUUCCGAGGAGAAGUUUGUUCCGAACUAACAGACUUACUAUAUAUUUAUAAUCACUAAAAUAACUGCUUAUAAGCAUGUAUUUACGUACAAUGCUUGAUUGAACAGUGUUCAAUAUAUUGUUUUCAAUGCUUAGGAUGAAAUUGAAAAAACCUCAGAAAUUAGAAAACUCCGCAAAUUGGAAAUGGCCUCGGGCAGUGUUGGGUUGAGAUAAAUGAAAUUUAUCUAGAUAAUUUCGAGAUAAUAUCUUUUUUAAUCAAUUUUAUCUAGAUAAUGUCGAGAUAAUUAUCUAUCUUUUGUUGAAAAAGGUAAGAUUAUCUUAUCUUUAUCUGAUGUUCUAGUCAGAUAAAAGCCUAUUGAAGGCUAUGACAUUAGUUUUUUUUAUAACAGAAUUUUGCACUGAACAUUUGUAUAAUUUUGAAUAAAUCGACAAUUGGCUGCCAAUUCACGUUUCGCUCCGGAGAGUUUGAAACGAUUUUAGGCAGAAUAAAGUGAAUCAAAUAGAUUUUAAGGUCAUAAGUUUCAAAACAACAAAUUUAUAAUUUCAUAACUUCUCGGCUUUGUAUACAAAAAUCAGUUUUUUCACCAAAAAUUCAUUUGUCAUGGUGGUUUCGAAUACAUUGUUCAAGCCGAAUAUUCAUAUCAAAUCUCACAUCAGACUCAUUGAAGACGGUCUAUGAAACUCGAAGCAUAGAGCCGAAAUUGAAAAUUUUCAAUAAUUUGAAUUAUUGGAGACAUAAAAAUUAAAAGAAAA